AUGGAACACGACCCGCCCGUCUCCAAAUGCAUGACCUCUGACCGCACGUCAUUCGCGCACCCGUCAGCGCGCACACGCUGGCCCGCCAUCAUCACAUCCGCCAUCGACGACAUGCACCGCAGCGUAGCAGCCCUCCCCUCCAGCGCGCCCGCGGACAAAGUCUGCGAGGGCAAACGGAUCGUGGCAGACCUCGCGGCGCUCAAGUACGAGCUGCAGCACGACCGGGCGCUGAUACCCCUGGAACUCGAGCCACAGCAGGGCAGCAAUGGCGAUGACCUGGCGCUCUACAACGAGGAGCUGGCGCAGCGGGAGCAGCUGUCCAAGACCAAACAGCUGCGGUGGCAUGACGUCGAAUGGCUGUUCAGCGAGUGCUACCUGUACCGGCGGAUGGCGAACCUGUUCUCGCGCAGCGCGCAUUGGCGCGAUUACGACGUGUUCGCGCGGCAGAAGACGCAGACGUUCCGCAGCUCGAGGCCGGCGGUGCUGGAGCUGGCGGCGCGGUAUCGGGAGAUCGUGCAGCGGAUCCGGGAGAGCGCCGUGGCGGCGCCGGUGGAGGGUUCUGCUUCGUCUGACUCGGCGAAACCCGAUGAGGCGGUGGUCAAGGAGGCGGAGCGCGUAUUGUUCGAGGAGAUGGCGGAGAUUUGCUUGUGGGGUAAUGCCACGGACUUGAGUUUACUGACGACGCUGAGCUACGAGGAUAUCCAGAAGCUGCAGGGGAGUGAGGCCAAGAAGGGACGCGAGGAGAAGGUGCUGGUCAAUCAGCUUCAAGAGGCUUUUGAGGUAUUGUGGCAGGCGAAGCAGGAAGGGAAGCAGAACCGAAGGGUGGAUUUCGUGCUGGAUAACGCGGGAUUUGAGCUCUACGUCGACCUGGUGCUCGCGGGAUAUCUGCUUGAGACGGGCCUCGCGACUGAGGUGGUCAUGCACCCCAAGAGCAUCCCGUGGUUCGUCAGCGACGUGAUUCCCAAGGAUCUGGAGCAGUUGUUGGAGGUCAUGCGCGAUCCCAGAGGCUUCUACGAGGGUGGUGCGGAUGAGGAGCAGCAGCAAAAGCAAGCCACAGCGCCGCUGGGCCAGAAGGAAGAGGAGGACGUCAAGUUCCUGUUCGAGCACUGGGCCACGCUGCACGCUGAGGGCCAGCUGAUCCUACGGCCGAACCGCUUCUGGACACAUCCGGGUAGCUUCUGGCGCUUGCCGCACGUGGAGCCCGUGCUGUUCGAGGAUAUGAAGGAGGCCGAGCUGACGGUGUUCAAAGGCGAUCUCAAUUACCGGAAAUUGGUCGGCGACGCAAACUGGGAUCCCACGACGCCGUUCCAAGAAGCCAUCGGCCCGCUGGGCAAAUCGUCUGGGCUGCGCACGCUGGCGCUCCGGACGUGCAAGGGCGAUGUUGUGGUGGGACUACCCAAGGGGAAAGACGAGGAGCUGCGAGCAUUGCCGGGCGGUGGUGGGGACUCCGGCGCGCGGGAGUGGGCGUUCAAUGGCAAGUGGGCGGUUGUGCAGUUCUCAGAUGGCAAGGCGUGA